CAACAAUCAACGAAGGUUUUCUCAAGGCUAAGUUGUUAGUUUGGCGUCUGACCCACGUGGUUCUUUUGUAUUUUCGGAUAGUGGUUAUGAAGUCGAAAGGCAAGAAACAGACAGUUAAAUCCAACGGGUUUGCCAAAAAACCCAGCAAGAGUGUUCACACUGAGCAAGACGAGGGGACCGAUGAUGAUACCAGCGACCAACUUGGCCAAGAAUCUAGCGGCGAUGAUGAGAUAGAAGUCCAAGAUGAUGAUGCCGAGGAGUCGAGCCUAGAUGGAGAUGAUGGUGGAGACGAAUUGAGCCAGGAGGGCGAUGGUGAUGAUGGUGGAGACGAAUUGAGCCAGGAGGGCGAUGGUGAUGAUGAUGAUGAUGAUGGUGGAGACGAAUUGAGCCAGGAGGGCGAUGGUGAUGAUGAUGAUGAUGGUGGAGACGAAUUGAGCCAGGAGGGCGAUGGUCAUGAUGAUGAUGAUGGAAACAUAAGCACAGAUGAUGAUUGGCUUGAAAGUACUCAGCAUAAAAAAGCUCUAUCCAAUUUGCAAAACACCGAUCCAGAGUUUUAUCAGUUUCUUCAGGAAAACGAUAAAAAACUUUUGCAGUUUCAAGAGUCUGAUAGCGACGAAGGGGAUGAUGAAGACAAACUUCAUGUUCCACCAGAUGAGUUAGAGGGGGACAGUGAAGAGAGUGAUUAUGAAGUGGAAGGUGGCGAGAAAAAAGACAAAAAUGUAGUCACACUUUCAAUGCUCAAACAAUGGCGGGAAGACUUGGUCUCAAAUCCAUCUUCACAGUCGAUAAAUAAAGUUAUGGAGCUUUUUCAUGCAGCAUUGGAUAGAGUGAUAGGGGAAGAUACUUCUGUAUAUAAAGUUGAAGGGAGUGCUGUUUUUAACACUGUUAUUGAAAUGUGUGUCAUGAAUUUGCAACCUGCAAUUGUUAACUUUUUAAAAUUAACUCCAACGUCUAUAAAAAAUCCUGAAAAGUCAAAGAGGUGGGUUAAAGUUAAAUCAAGCCUUCAAUUAUAUUUCAAGGAUUUAUUCAAGUUAUUGGAAGGAGUGGCAUCUGAGCAUAUUAUGACCGUAAUGCUUAAGCAUUUACACUCAUUUUGUUCGUUCGUCGCGUGCUUUCCUAAAUUGAGCAAAUUGGCCGUGAAAAAUUUGACGAGGUUGUGGAGUACGGGCGAAGAAACUGUACGAGUCUUGGCUUACCUUUGUAUACUCAGAUUGACUACGUUGCAGAAGUCGUCGCUGCUCAAUACCGCCCUCAAACAUAUGUACAUUGCGUACAUCCAUGGUUGUAAAUUUGUCUCGGCCACUACGUUGCCUCAGAUCAACUUUAUGAAGCAAACUCUGGUGGAUAUGUAUUCCCUUGACCCGCAAUUAUCGUACGAGCAUGCGUUUCUUUAUAUAAGACAGCUUGCGAUUCACUUAAGAAAUGCCAUUACCAUCCACAAAAAGGAAAGCUUUCAAACUGUUUAUAACUGGCAAUAUAUUCAUUCGCUUAGGUUGUGGAUUGAUUUAAUGUGUGUCAGUCAAGAUUCACCUGAGUUAAAACAGCUUGUUUUUCCACUGGUCCAGAUUAUAUUGGGUUGUGUGAAAUUAAUACCAACAGCUCAGUACAUACCUUUACGUUUCCACUGUAUUCAAAUGCUUAUAAAACUCGGUAGAGAAACCAGCAUUUACAUCCCCGUGAUGCCAUUAAUCCUAGAGAGUUUAUCAAAGGCGAAUUUAAAUAAACAAAUGAAGAAGGCGUCGAUGAAGCCAUUUGACUUCACAUUUGUUCUAAGGCUUUCGAAGAGCGCCAUGACAGAAACGGCGUUCACCGAUGCUGUAGUUGAAUACGUUUUCCAACUGCUCAUCGAAGCGUGUGCUUCUUACUCUCACAUGAUCGGUUCCCCGGAUCUUUUCAUUCCCGUUAUCAUACAAUUAAAAACAUUCUUGAAGGAUUGUACAAUACCGAAAUAUUCUUCAAAGUUGAAACAAGCUUUGGUCAAAAUAGAGGAAAAUAGUAAACUCAUUGAUUCCAAAAGGAGUAAAUUGACGCUUAACUUACAUGAAACUGAAAAAAUCAAAGCUUUUGAAACUGAGAUGAAAGCGAAUGGAACGCCGUUGCAAAAAUACUGGGAAGAAGUGCGAAAAUCAAGCGCCAUCACAAGGGCCAAACAGGCGACUAAAAACGAAAAGAUUGCGAAGGAUGGCAUGCCAGAAAUGCUGAAAAUUAAAAGACGAACCAAAACCAAAUCCGAAGAUGAAGGCCCUGCUGAAUUGUUUCCUUCGGACGAGUCUGAUUUCGAAUUUCCUGACAUUGACAAUCCUGAUGACAAAGUCAAGAAACAGAAGAAGAAGGAGAAGAAGAAGGUCUCUAAAAAAGAAUCAAAUGAAUCACUCGUCAAAGAGGAAGACGAUAUGGAUUUUGAAGAUGAAGAAGAUCUCGUUGAAGAACUUGACCUCAACAAAUUUUAAUUUUAAACUAUGUUUUUAUCUGUAAAGCAUAAAUUUUAUGUAAAAUUUACAUGAGAUG